UAAUCUUUUCGUUUUCUCUUUUAUUACCAAAAUGGGAAUUCUUUCCAAGGACCACCGGGGACCCCCUUAAGUAGGCUACCCCCAGGGUACACAUACAGUACCCCUGGUUGGGAAUUACCAACUCUGAGAUUUAACCACUGCUGAACUCACGCACCACCCAAGUAUUUUAACAUAAAUCUAUAUAGACUCUCCAGUGGGCGAUACGACAUGACGUCAUGGUUGAUACAAUAGACGUCACGAUCCGUUGGGUUGAUACAGCAUUACGUCUUGUAUGUGCGAGAGAGAGAGAGAGAGAGAGAGAGAGAGGUGAGGCCGCGCAUGCGCAGCCGCUAUUAAGCCUGACAGCCGAUCCAGUGCAGCAUUCCUGUUUCCAAACGCACAGGAGCGCCGCUUUCUCCAUCGCUCUGCCCCAUCCAGACAUUUACACCGGUGGGAACACGCUGUUAAAAAACAAGCCCUCAAACAUGUCUGUGGGUAAUGACUUUGGAAACCCUUUAAGGAAAUUCAAACUCGUCUUUCUUGGAGAGCAAAGCGUGGGGAAGACUUCCCUGAUCACACGCUUCAUGUAUGACAGCUUUGACAACACGUAUCAGGCAACAAUUGGAAUUGACUUCCUGUCAAAAACCAUGUAUUUGGAGGACAGAACGUUGGGCGUCUCUGACUUCCAGGUUCGGCUGCAGUUGUGGGACACGGCAGGCCAGGAACGUUUCAGGAGCCUCAUUCCGAGCUAUAUAAGAGACUCCACUGUAGCUGUAGUGGUCUAUGACAUCACAAAUGUGAAUUCAUUCCAGCAAACUUCCAAAUGGAUCGAUGAUGUGAGAACGGAGAGAGGAAGUGAUGUCAUCAUCAUGCUGGUGGGCAAUAAAACAGAUCUGGCAGAUAAGAGGCAAAUCACAAUUGAGGAAGGUGAGCAGCGGGCCAAGGAGCUGAGUGUGAUGUUUAUUGAGACCAGUGCCAAGACAGGCUACAACGUCAAACAGCUGUUUCGACGUGUUGCAGCUGCCCUUCCAGGAAUGGAGAGCAUGCAGGAGACAAGCAAAGAAGGCAUGAUUGACAUAAAACUGGACAAACCACAGGAGCCUCCAACUGCUGAGGGCGGAUGUUCCUGUUAAUAGUUCACAUCUGAUUUACAGAAUCAUCUACACCACAUGCUUGUUGUGUUGCUUCCUCUUGGUUAGCUUCCAGUUGUGUUUUCAGAUCGGAUAUUUGGCCUUCCCAUCUGACUUUUAGUAACUUGUUGGAAUCAGUGUUACAUCAAUUUCAAGGGUAAAAUAGUAUACUUUAGUAACAAAAUUGCCAAAAAUCCUAAAAAUUCUAAAAGUAAAGGGCAAAAAUGAACAAAAAUGUAGACUAUGUCCAGCAUAUAUACUUUUUGAAAAUGUAGAGAGGUAGAUUUUUUUCUUUGUUUUGUAUUUUUGUAUACAAGGAUGAGCACUAAACCAGAUAAUAAAUUCUAUAAUUUUGCCAUAAAAAGCAGGAUUUCAAAAGCAAGAGGGCAAUUCAAAAAACAAACAACCCACGAAAAAUGGCAAACAUGCAUGUUAGCCUUUUUCAAAAGCAUUUCAAUCCAGCUGGCUACUGUGCACAAUAUUAUGUGAAUGUGUAUGUUUUUAAUGCUCUUUUGAAAUCAACUUAUUUUAGCCUCCUUUUUUUAUUUUUCUUUUUUUUUUGCAAACAACCUGAUAACAUGAAAGGUUUUGUUUCUUCUGUGGAAUAUUGUUCUGUGUAAGUUCUUUAACUUAAUUAGGGCAUUUAGCAUAUUGCAUAUAGUCGCAAGGUGACAAGAGGAGGAAAUCAUGCAUAUAAACUUGGUCAUUCAUAUUUUAUUGGAAUAAUUAAUUUGAACACUGGCAGUUUCCACACUGAUUCAUCGAACAGUCCAAUUCUCUUGUGAACACAUCAGCUGUCAUUUUCAAACAGGCUUUAAUAUCAGAAAUGCAAAGAUAUGACAUUCCUCCAAAAAUAACUAUAGUUUGCUUUUAAGAAUUAGCAUUAUGCAGCAUUAUAGUGUUUGCCUUGUGUAGGAACCCACUCAUGUCUACAGCUGCUCUUUGGGCCAGUAAAUGGUAGUGCACUGACCAGGGGGACACACAUUGUGUUGUAUAUCAGUUUAUUUGAAAUGUAUUUCAUGUGAAUCUUUAAUGCACUUUUUCAAGAAAGGAAGAUGUAAAUGUUUCAAAAUUGCUGUAUGUCUGUCCUUGAAACCACUUUAGAGUACACUGUAGCGUACAUCUCUGUGAAAAUCGCUCAAGGGUCACUGUACAGAUGAAUUAUUUGUAAAGUUGCUUCAAAUAAAGCCAGAAGCAAGUGCAAACUA